UUGUGUCUUCAACUUUUACAGCAAGCGUGGGGAUCUGGUGGGAAAGCGAGGUCUUCAGGCUGUUGCUCCACCACCUGUUUGUGUAUAAGAAACAGCCCACAACCAUGAAGCAGCUGCCAAUGCUCCUGCUGGUGGUGAUGGCAGUGUCUGGUGUGGCCAGCGGAGAGGCAUACUUUGAAACACUGUACGAGAUGAUGGUGGAAGCCAAGGACUCGCUGAAGGAGGUGGCCACAUCUGUCAACGAGGGGCUCAAGACAGUCGCACACACAAUAAAAUUUGUGGAGACCUUCAUCGACUCAACUGUGGAGGAGGACUGCAUAUAUAAGUGUCCCAGGAAGAGGAUCCCAGUGAGGAACGUGAACCACGUGCCACAGGCGAAUGGGUGUGGCUCCCUCGGCAUGUUCUUUGAGAAGGAGGACUUGCCACGCGGUGAGAUGGUCGACUGCUGCAACGACCACGACCUCUGCUAUGACACAUGCGGCGCAGACAAGGAGGACUGUGACAGGAGGUUCAAGAGGUGUCUGUACAGCACAUGUGAUGUUGGCAGAGAGGAGGGGAACAUCAUAGCAGAGAAGAAGUGCAAGGGAGGGGCCAAGUUGCUGUACACGGCCACCAUGGCACUAGGCUGUACGUCUUUCAAGGAGGCACAGAGGGAGGCCUGCCGGUGUGUGGACGCCGAGGACAUCCCCGGCACACGCAAUGAGUUAUAAUGGGCAUGCUGAAUCUGUCUUCUGAAAUAUCUUGCUAAUUUAUCAUGACUACUUGGGUUAGUGGAGAUUAUUAGUGUUUCAGGGGUGUUUGGAAGAGCAUUCACUAAGGGUAACUAUUCCCAAAUGCCACAACCAAAGUCCUUCAUAAGAGGCACCAUCCGGGCCCUGAUAGACUAGGGAAACUGAAUGUAAAUGUGAGAAAAAUGUAAUAGUUGAGGGAAGAAUAUUAAUGGAAAGACAAUAAGAUGGAUGUAAAUGUGGUGGAGAUGCCAAGGAUGUAUCACAGAGGAAGAUGCAAGGGACAAACAGCUGGAGGAGACUCGUACAUGGCACCAACCCCUCAUAUUAGGGAAACAAUGAAAGAAGUGGCAAUAGUUUUAGUAAUUCAUGUCAUUAUUCAGGAGAACAUACCCAUGAAAACAAAUAAUCAUCUGGGCAUUUGAAUAUAUUGUAUUUUUAAAUGAUUUGCCACUGUACCACCACUUUUAAUUAUCUGAUGGAUGUUAAUGAUCUUCAAGGAUGUUUGUGUAAUUUCAGUGAUAGUUUUCGUAUUCCACAUCAUCAGAGAGGAGAAAAACACCCAUGGGAACUUGAAUAUAAUUAUCUCGGUGGCUUUUGAUAAUAGUCAGAUAAAAGAGAGAUUUAAGAAUACAAGUAGCAAUAGUGAAAUGGAAGCCAAGUAUUAUCUGUGUGUGUGUGUGUGUGUGUGUGUGUGUGUGUGUGUGUGUGUGUGUGUGUGUGUGUGUGUGUGUGUGUGUGUGUGUGUGUGUGUGUGUGUGUGUGUGUGUGUGUGUGUGUGUUUAGAUCAUUGUGAUAGUAAUGGAUGUGGACUUAAUUAUACACAGAUUCUCUUAGUGCUUGUUACUGUUGAAUCAUCCACAAGUCUUUAAGUAAAUAGGUUAUAUAUAAACUGUCCUAGCAUCAUUAUACUCAGGGGCAAGACAGUCAGUCACCUCGGGAAGAAAUAACAAAGAAAUAACAUACAGCAAGUUUAGAGUAUGGAUGUGAAUGUUUUAACCCUUUCACUGCAACAGAAAACAAUUAGCACCAUCAGAAGCAAUGUGUGAAGUCUUUAUAAGCAUCUACAAGAAAGUUAGUGAUGAAAAAGAAUACAUUUUGCAGUUUCUUCCUAGUUCAUUGAUUGGAUGUGGCUGCAGAACAAGUAAAAAUGUCUCAGGUUGAUUGGUAAAUAGAGAAAGGUGUACCAGGUGGUAGUUAAAGGGUUAAAUGUUCAUGAUGGGAGUGCUGGAUGUCACAAAUCAUUUAUAACUUAUCCAGAACUCACCUAUGUCAAUUGAUUCUACAUGGAAGUGAAAGAAAAUGUUUGUAGAGUGUAAUGACUCGGUGUUUAGUGCCUAGUUGAAAAUUUCUCGCUUGUGCGGUAAAAUAAGUCCUACAUUUGUGCUAUUUUUUGUACGUAAUAGCUAGAGGUUAUAAGUUAUGCAUUAUGGAAAGUAAAAGAUGUAUUGACUCAGUGUUUUGUAUUGAGUUCAAGGAAAACUUCUGUGUCUGUGAUAAAAUUACGGCUGUAUUACUCCAUUUUUUGUACACGGGUAACCAGAGGCUGUAUGUUACGUUAUGCAAGAUGGAAUGUGAAGUUAAGUGUUUCUUCAGCAAAGUGUAAUGACUCAGUGUUUUGUGUCUUGAGUUGAAGGAAAACACUUGUGCGAUAUAAAGCUGUCUUACAAGAAAGUGAAGCCUUAUAUUUGCUCUGUACAUGGGUGGCUUGUGUUUACAUUAAGUUAUGCUUGGUGGAAAUUAAAAUAGAACGUCCCAUUAACUAAGCAUAAUGACUCCGUCUUUGUGUGUUGAGUUGGAAGAAAAAUAAAGGAUAUAUUUACUCUAUUUUCUAUACACAGGUGGCCCAAGGCUGUAUGUUAAGUUGUGCAAGAUGGAAUGUAAAACUAAAUGUUACUAGAGCUAAGUGUAAUGACUUAGUGUUUUGUGUGUGUGAUUAAAAGAACAUCCUUGUGUGUGAUAUAAACUUGAGUCUUUCAUUCGCUAUCUAUGUGCUGCUGAGUGUCCAUGUCUUGUGAUGUCCCUGGGUCUGUGCAUAGUAAAGUGAGGCAGCUGUGUGUGUGUGUGUGUGUGUGUGUGUGUGUGUGUGUGUGUGUGUGUGUGUGUGUGUGUGUGUGUGUGUGUGUGUGUGUGUGUUUGAUUCAUUACCAGUCACUCUCAAGUCGGGUGCAUCCCUCAGUGUUCCCAGUGUUUUAAAGAUAAAAUGCCUUAAAAAAAAACUAAUUUUUGUAUUACAUUUGUGGGUUUGGUUUUGAUUAUGUUACCUAAAACUUAAGAAAGCAAUAGACUGAAAAUAACGGUAUAUAAAAUGCAAGAACUUAAGAAAGCAAUAGACUGAAAAUAACAGUAUAUAAAAUGCAAUAUAAAUGAAAAUAACACUUAAAAAAGAGCAAUAUAAAUAACAACAAAGAGAGCAAUAUAGAUAGACAAAUAUAAAGCCAGUAGUCUUCCUGUAAUUAAUUACCGGUUACCUGCUGAUCAUCAUUAUCUGUGCUACCUGCAAAGCUUUCAUAGGCAAAAGAUACAAAAUAGAAAGCAACACAGGUGGAAACAUGUAUGAAGCUACCAAUGUUACUUCAAUUAGUGUUACCUGGAUAAUGAACACUUGGUACCUGCAAAAAUUUGACAAGCAUUAACCUACUCACUGCAACACAUAUCCUUUACCUACAUUUUUCUAGAGAUGAUGCUUUGUCUAUUAGUCUCCUAAGUUAUUCUGCACCCUGGAAAAUGCAAAAUGAACUGCUAUUCUUUGUUUUUUAUCUGUCUCUAUCCAAACAUUACUUAGUGUCUGGGUCCCAUCAGAGUGAUUGUAGCAAACUGACAUUACUAAAGACAAAACUACACAGGUAAAUAGAGAUGGAAAUAUAUAACCAUACUUGAUUUAAUUACACUUUUUUCUAUGUAGGAGGGGCAACAACCUAGAGCAAAAGAAUUAGAAGGGGAAAGAAAAGGCCCAAUGAGGUGCCGGUUCCCAGAGUCAGAAACAGUCGUUAAAAAUUAGCGAACAACUUGCAAGUGACUACCUGUGCUUACAAUGCUGAGGAUAACACUAAAAACAGAUAUCGAUAAAAAUAUGCCACUAACUUUGCAUUAAUUGUUACCUGACUAAUGACAUUACCUGUGCUACCUCUGUUCAGGAGAUUGAGAGUAUUACAUAGAAAAAAAUAACAAAGAAUGGAAAUAGCAAUGCAUUAUUUUUAUUUUAAUUACCUGUUAUCUGAUUAAUGACUUCACCUUUGAUAUCUGUGUUUGAGUUACCUGUUACCUGUCCUACCUGUGUUUAGAAGGCUGAGAAUAAAUCAAUACAAUUACUACCCCAUUA